AUGUCCUUUACAACUAUUGUCAAGAGAGGUGAAUGGAUCCGUUCCAGACCAAUCUUAGCUAAGAUCUUUAUCCCAAUUGCCAAAACUUAUGCUUCCUAUGCUGGAUACAGAGAAAUGGGAUUAAAAUUAAAUGAUUUAUUUGCUGAAGAAACCCCAGUAAUGCAAAAGGCCCUUUCAAGAUUGCCAGAAGCUGAAUCAUAUGCUAGAAACUUCCGUAUUUUAACUGCUCAUCAAUGUGCUUUAACUCAUAGUUUAUUACCAGCUGAUAAGGCUAUUCAACCUGAAGAAGAUACUCACUAUUUACUUCCAUAUAUCUUGGAAGCUGAAAAGGAAGCUUUAGAAAAGGCUGAAUUGGAUAACAUGAAGGUUUAA